AUGGCAGACCGAAGCCCUUUCGAGACUGAUAUGCUCACUCUGACCCGCUACGUGAUGGAAAAGGGUCGUCAGGCCAAAGGGACUGGGGAGCUCACGCAGCUGCUCAACUCCAUGCUCACGGCCAUCAAAGCCAUCUCGUCGGCUGUUCGGAAGGCAGGACUGGCCAACCUGUACGGAAUUGCAGGAAGCGUGAAUGUGACUGGGGAUGAGGUGAAGAAACUGGACGUGUUAUCCAACUCCCUGGUGAUCAACAUGCUCCAGUCCUCCUACAGCACUUGCGUCCUCGUCUCGGAAGAAAAUGAAAAAGUCAUCAUUACCGAAAAAGACAAGCAGGGUAAAUAUGUGGUCUGUUUUGACCCACUGGAUGGAUCGUCCAAUAUUGACUGUCUGGCCUCCAUUGGAACCAUAUUCGCCAUUUAUAGAAAAACCUCAGAGAGUGAACCUUCUGAAAAUGAUGCCCUACAACCUGGUCGGAAUAUUGUAGCUGCAGGUUAUGCCCUCUAUGGCAGUGCAACUCUUGUAGCUCUUUCCACUGGCCAAGGAGUGGACCUCUUUAUGCUUGACCCAGCUCUUGGUGAAUUUGUUCUGGUGGAAAAAGAUGUCAAGAUUAAAAAAAAAGGAAAGAUUUAUAGCCUUAAUGAAGGCUAUGCCAAGUAUUUUGAUGCUGCUACCACAGAAUAUGUGCAGAAAAAGAAAUUUCCUGAGGAUGGUAGUUCUCCUUAUGGUGCCAGAUAUGUAGGCUCCAUGGUAGCUGAUGUGCACCGUACCUUGGUCUAUGGAGGGAUCUUCCUAUACCCAGCAAACCAGAAAAGUCCUAAGGGCAAGCUCCGGCUCCUGUAUGAGUGCAAUCCUGUGGCUUACAUUAUUGAGCAGGCAGGAGGAGUAGCAACCACAGGUAUGCAACCUGUCCUGGAUGUAAAGCCUGAGACCAUUCACCAACGAGUCCCCCUCAUUCUGGGGUCCCCAGAUGAUGUGCAAGAAUAUCUCGCCUGUGUACAGAAAUAUCAGGCAGGCAGGUAG